AUGGCUAGCGUGGACACGAGGGCGGUGGGUGGGGCUGCCAGGCCUCGGAGAGCCCUGCAGAUGUUCCUCUCGGACAGUGCCGACCUGUCGGCUUCUGUAGGGCCCAUCCGAAGGUUUCAGGCAGAGGAGGAUUCGCUCCAGGCUGUGAUCACCGGCCGCUGCGUGGAGAACAGACCGGAACUGGGCAGUGGGGCAGGCAGGGGGCCGUUAACCGUCCGGACAAGCAAUGACUGCGUCUUGGAUGGAACGUCCUGGCGUGAGCUCUGUAGGGGACCUCCUGCAGCAGCAACGGAGAAGGCUUUGGAAACUCACAUUCCCGUCCCCGAGGCCUCCAGGAAGCCUGGUGCUGUGAAGGAGUGGAUUGUUUGGGCUUACCAGAAGCCAGCGGCUCGAGGAACUGGGAAGGCCGGGCCCCGGCUCGUGUGUUCCCCGGUUGACCUGCCCGCUGGCCCCUUGCUCUGCGCACCCCCCCACCGCCGGGCCGACUACGUGCCCCACCCCCCACCGUGGAGAGGCCUGGGAGAAGACCUGGGCUCGGCCCCCUCCCCACCCGCCUCAGCCCGUCAGCCAGCAGGGGCGCCCGGCUCCACCCUGCCCACAGACCCUGCCCCAGCCUCAGGGUCACCACUGCAGAGUGGGCGGGCCGGCCCUGGUGAGUGCAGCAGCCUGCCCCCCAGACCCUGCGCCUGCCAUGCAGCCCACGCCCACCCUGCGGCCAGCAUCGGCAUCGUGCUGAAGUUCGUGUCCCGAGUGGGGAGCCGCUUCGGGGCCCUCUGUGGCCGAGCCUUGGGCACAACAUCCCUGGACCCAUCUGGGGUGGAGCACUGGCCGCUGCCCUGCGUCCGUGCUGCUCACGCCCGCCACGGUGCCAGGAGCCUCCACCGCCUUCUCCAGGCCGGCCUCGGCCGUCUACAGAGAAACCAGCUGUGUGUUUUAAUGACUGACUGA